CUUGACUAUCCCGACCGGGGAUGUGGAGUGUAUAGCUGACAAAUGUGCAUAACUGCAUAACCAAUGCCUAAGUUGAUAUCCCGAUAACGGCAAUCCCCCUCAUGUCUCCCCUCAUUCCUCCUCACCUUCUACACUCCCCAACCGUAUACAAUGAACCCCUUCUCCUCUCCUCUCAUAACUCCAGCCGAAUACCAUCACAAUGCCACAACAUACAACGCCACCGGAUCUAGGCGAAUCAUCCCCUUAGCAGCCUACCGUCCCACGCUCCACUCGUCCUUUGAAUCCUUCCACCUUCCAGGCUCAAAGUUUCUCAAUCUCGACCAAAUUCGCGACACCGCCUCUCCCUACCCCUCUAUGCUUCCCUCACCUUCCCUCUUCGCCGCUGGAAUGACUGCCCUCGGUAUUCGCAAGGAUGAUAUUUUAGUUAUCUACGAUGCAGACGAGAUAGGCACAUACCAUGCCCCGCGGCUAGCGUUCAUGUGUGAGCUCUUUGGACAUAAGGAUGUGCAUAUCUUGGAUAACCUGAGGCGGUAUGUGAGGAUGGGGCUGCCCGUAGGUUCCGGGUCUGAGGGGAUAGAGGUUCCAGUGGUCGGGACUGGAAGAGAGCAAGGUGAUGAGUAUGUUGUGGAAGAGAGGGAUUUUGAUACCGGAAGGGUGAUAUCGUUCGAGGACGUGAAGAAUUCCGUUCUCGGGAAGGAUCAGAAAAAGGUGAGGAUUGUCGAUGCGAGAAUACCGGGUCGAUUUCAAGGUGUGCAGCCAGAAAUGGAUCCAAGUUUGAGGUCCGGACACAUCCCUGGAGCGGUCAAUGUGCCAUUGGCGAGGCUAUUGGAGGAUGGGGAUGCAGUCAUACUGGCUCCCGAAAAACUGAGGAGUGUUCUGAUGGAUGCGGGCGCGUUGGCGGAAGAAGAUGAGGGGAUGCCGUACAUUUUGACGUGCAAUUCGGGGGUCACGGCUGCAUCACUAGAUCUGGCUCUGAGGUUGGUUGGGGCGAAGGGAUCUAGAAGGGUGUAUGAUGGGAGCUGGAUGGAGUGGACGCGGAGGGUAGGGGAUGAACUGAUCGAAGUCUCGUAGUGACGGCUGUUUGGUGGUUAUGGUGGAGGAUGUAUCUGGUAGAACUACUUGUAUAUAUGGGACGGCUGUGUUGUACGUGAAAGAGCUGGACUCAAAUAGAGCUUUGUAGACCGAAAUUGCACGAUAACAAAAAAU